GACAGGGUUGGUAUGGACACGAACAUCGUCAAGGUUAGCUUGGUUCGAACAGAAUCAAAGAUUUCCCAAAAGAAGCAAACGCGGAAGAAGCAUAGCAGCUUGCAUACGCAUUACCAUUUCCUUGAACAAAUAAUUGCAAUCUGAGUUUCGAGACACAAUUGGAGGGGACUGAUUGAUUUAAAACAAGGGCUAGCUGUGGUGUUGAGAAAACGCAAAAGAGAAUGAAGAGAGGAUAGGAUGCAAAAUAGGUAUCCUCUCUUGGUAACAGACGUCAUUUUUGAUCAAUUUGUUUGGAGGAAAAGAUGAACAUGGAAAAGAUAAAUGGAGUAGCUUUGGAAGAUGCAGUAUUAAUCGGAGGAUUGAUAGGAGUUCAACUUGUCUACGCGGGGAAUGCUGUGUUGAUGAGUUAUGCUAUGUCAUUGGGUUUCAGCUCUCAUACCAUCAUCUUUUUAACUUCUCUCGCUACAUUCAUUAUUCUCUUUCCCGUUGCCUUUUGUUUUGAAAGGAGUAAAUGGCCACGGCAUCCCAGUUUCAAGUUGAUUGCACAGAUAUUGUUUCUUUCAUUUGGAGGACUUGUCUUCCAGUUGUUUUUCCUCAAAGGAAUCAAUCUAACUUCACCAGCAAUGGGAACUGCCAUGCCAAACCUUGCCCCAGGUCUUAUCUUCGUCAUCGCUUGGAUUUCUGGGUUAGAGAAAGUCAACACAAACCACCACUAUAGUAAAGUAAAAAUCUUUGGAACAUUGCUUUGUGUGUGCGGAGCUCUCACAUUGAGCAUAAUGCAAAGCAUUUCUUCUCCAGCAACCGUGAUAAGUGGCGCACUUCAAUUGUCACGGGUGCCAUCAGAUUUUACCUUUGACAUUCACAAGAUAAUCGGUUGCCUCUAUCUCGUUCUUGCAGUCUUGAUUUUGUCGAGCAGCGUUGUCCUGCAGGCUUUUGCUCUCGGAAAUUUUCCUGCACCAAUGUCCUUAGGUGCAAUAACGUCCUUGUUUGGGGCAUUCAUGACUGCAACUCUUUGGUUACUUGAAAGCCACAAACUGAAAAGUAGAUGGAUUCUUGUGAGUUCAGCAGACUUGAUAGCCUAUUGUAUUCUGGCAGGUGCUGUGAGUGGAAUAUGCCUGAGCUUCAACGGGUGGGCACUGAAGAAGAGAGGGCCAGUGUUUGUCUCCAUGUUUAGUCCCAUUGGUACAGUGUGCUCUGUUGUUUUCUCGGUAAUUACCCUUGGAGACACUAUUAGAAUUGGAAGUCUUGCAGGCAUGUUUCUCCUGUUCACUGGGCUCUACUUAGUUCUUUGGGCAAAAGGGAAAGAAGGGCACCCAGAAGUAGAUGGCUUAGAGAGUGAGUUUGAUGCAGAGAGGCAGAGGCCUCUUUUAUCUUAACGUGUUUUUCAAAAAUGUACUUGUGUCAUGGCGCUAGAAGCAGAGGAAAAAAACGAGGUUUGGUUAAAUCAGUUAUGAGAUGAGAACAAAUUGCUUAAAUAUGACCACAUGGUUAAUUCAAGUCCUCAAUGAACAAGUAAUGCAUUAAAAAAAAGGGUUAUGUCAAAAGACAAUAAGCAUGUAUUAAACUAUUCAUUAAUGAAACAACGUGGCAAAGCAAUGUGUUUUAUUAUGUGCUCUCAACAAUGAUCUUUAGAAUGUAAAGGAGUGUGUAAAAUAAAAGCACCCACAUUUUCAA